AUGACAGCAAGUCCAGCUUACAUAGCCGUGGAGGUGAUCAUUGCUGUGCUGUCCAUCGUGGGGAACGUGUUAGUGUGUUGGGCAGUGGCCAUCAACAGCACUCUGAAGAAUGCAACCAACUACUUCUUGGUGUCGCUGGCUGUGGCUGAUAUAGCAGUGGGGCUCCUUGCCAUUCCUUUUGCAAUCACCAUCAGCAUCGGUUUCAAAACCGAUUUCCACAGCUGCCUGUUCUUUGCCUGCUUUGUGCUGGUGCUCACUCAGAGCUCUAUCUUCAGUCUCUUGGCUGUAGCCAUUGACAGAUACCUAGCCAUCAAGAUACCUCUCAGGUAA